AGGGUAGAGAAUCUAGGGCUUGAGAAAUGGAGAAUGGCGCCCCACAGCUCAAGCGGGCGAGGAGGGAGGCUUGUGAGCGCUUCAGCAAGCUCCAGCAAGCCUUCUCCAUGGCUGUGCACUGCCUGCUUACAUCCUGCUCCCGCCAGGAGUUUCUGGAGCAUUUCGAUUUCCUGGAGCCGGAAAUGCAGGGCCACACCUACGAGCUCUACACCGAAGUUGUGGCAGCUGUGCACAGAGCUUCGAAGAGUGAGUUCGACACCAUUUGCAAGGAGAUGAAGCUCAAAUCUGUUCUUGCUGGCAUUGACAAGAAAAUUGCUCGUGCUGCCAAGAGGACAAGCGAUGAUCUAGGGGAGAAGAGAUUUACACCUCCAAGUCUCAUGGUUGUAAGUGGAGCGCUUGACGUGAAACAAUCAGAAGUUGAAGAAUUAAAGCGCCUUCUUAUUGAGGAAGAAGAGCACAAGUCUCAGCUGUGUGGCCGCAUCGACGGUAUGCGGGCUGAAAUUGAAGCCAUGGAAGGCGAUGGUCUGCAUGUUCCCGCGAAUUUGAGGCUACCUCUCUUGAGAUCGUGAAGCCCUGAAGUGUAUGUAGCGUAAAAUCCUUCAUUGCUCGUAUUCUUUUUCAUCUAGAAAUACAAGUUUGUGUACUGGCUGAAA